ACUUCCUGUUGGUAAGCUAAAAGAGGAGAACACGAAAAGAGGAAGUUGCAGUAUGCUUUUACCUUUCCGCCUACAGUCUUUUCGGUCCUGAUUCUUGAAACACAGACAUGGCUGUAGGAAAAAAUAAGGGCCUGUCGAAAGGAGGCAAGAAGGGAGUUAAGAAGAAGAUUGUCGACCCCUUCACAAGGAAGGACUGGUACGAUGUCAAGGCACCGUCCAUGUUCACUACCCGCCAGAUCGGCAAGACCUUGGUCAACAGGACACAGGGUACCAAGAUUGCCUCUGAGGGUCUGAAGCACCGUGUCUUCGAAGUGUCCCUGGCUGAUCUUCAGAACGACAACGAUGCUGAGAGGUCCUUCCGCAAGUUCCGCCUCAUUGCUGAGGAUGUUCAGGGUCGCAAUGUUCUUACCAAUUUCCACGGCAUGGACUUGACUACUGACAAGCUGAGAAGUAUGGUGAAGAAAUGGCAGACCCUUAUUGAGGCUAAUGUUGACGUUAAGACAACUGACGGCUAUCUUCUGAGAGUGUUCUGCAUUGGAUUCACCAACAAAGAUCACCAGAUGUCACAUAGGAAAACUUGUUAUGCUCAGCACACUCAGGUGCGAGCUAUCCGUAAGAAGAUGGUUGAAAUCAUCACCAGGGAUGUGACAUCCAGUGACUUGAAGGAGGUUGUCAACAAGCUCCUCCCCGAUUCCAUUGCCAAGGAUAUUGAAAAGGCCUGCCAGGGAAUCUACCCCCUCCAUGAUGUCUACAUCCGUAAGGUCAAGGUCCUCAAGAAGCCCCGUUUCGAACUCAGCAAGCUGCUUGAGUUGCACGGUGAUGGUGGAAAGGGCUCAGAUGAACCUGGUGCGAAGGCUGACCGUCCUGAGGGUUAUGAGCCCCCAGUUCAAGAAGCUGUUUAAAUGGAGUUUCAUUAAAUAAAAAAUAAAAACCA